GAAGGGGAAGCGGGCCGGGGGCGGGGCAUCUACACUACACUACACUACAGAUACACACCCGUGGCCACUCCUGAUCCGGAGGCACUCACACUCACACUCACGCACACUGACUCACUGCUGCUCAGUGAGUGAGUCAGUGCUCGUCCGUCCGGUUCCCACCGCUCUGCAGCCUGCCUCCUCCCUCUGUCCUUCCCCUGGCAGAGAAUCUGCAGUGCUUGCCGGCCGGCCCGGCCCUCCACAGAAGGGGAGGGAUCAGGCACCAUGGUGCAAUCAAAGAAGAAGUUCCGCGGCGUCAGGCAGCGCCACUGGGGCUCCUGGGUCUCCGAGAUCAGGCACCCGCUGCUUAAGAGGAGGGUGUGGCUGGGCACCUUCGAGACGGCAGAGGAGGCGGCGCGGGCGUACGACGAGGCCGCCGUCCUCAUGAGCGGCCGCAACGCCAAGACCAACUUCCCCGUCCCAAGGACCGCCACCGGGGAGCUGGCCCCCGUGCCGGCCGCGCGGGACGCACGUGGCGGCGGCGGCUCGUCCUCCGCGGCAGCAGCGCCCGGCGGCGGCACCAGCAACCUGUCGCAGAUCCUCAGCGCCAAGCUCCGCAAGUGCUGCAAGACGCCGUCGCCGUCGCUCACCUGCCUCCGCCUCGACCCGGAGAAGUCCCACAUUGGCGUCUGGCAGAAGCGCGCGGGCGCGCGCGCCGACUCCAGCUGGGUCAUGACCGUCCAGCUCAACAAGGACGUGCCGCCGCCGGCGUCCUCCUCCGGCGAGGAGCCGGUGCCCAGCGACGGAGGCGCAGCGGCCACCACGCCCACGUCCACUUCCACGUCGUCCACGGUCACGACGACCGGCUCGCCUCCACCUGCGAUGAUGAUGGACGACGAGGAGAGGAUUGCGCUGCAGAUGAUCGAGGAGCUGCUGGGCAGCUCGCACUCACAUGGGAUGUUCCAGGGUGCAGCGGGCAGCAUCGUCAUCUGAAACACCACCGAAGGAAAUUGCAUGGUUGAACAAGCUAGCAGCAUGAUCAGGUCACUGUCCCAGAUCAGAUCAAGUGUUUGGUAUAGUAGAGUGUGGUUGGUGCAGCACAAGCAGUUAAGAUUGCAUCAUAUAUAGGUAUCUCUAUUACUACAUCAAGCUUAAUUAGGAUAAACCAUAUAGUAAGAUUAAUCACUACCGUGUGAAGCUCUGUAUUUAUUAAAGGCUUACUUGUAUGUAUAAGCAUGCAGCCCCAGUCAUGAUAGUCACACCGUCACCGGUGAAACCCCUUUGUUAUGUAUCAAUAUAUAUAAUCAGGCUAUAAAUAUAUCAAAUAUAUCAAUAUCAGCGGUGUCGCCUUCUAA